GCUGCUAGCUGUUUGACAUAAAUUGUGAAAGCAGACAUGACCUAUUUGCGGUUUACGUUGGCUGUAUAGUGAGAAGCAUUGAACGUAAUUGAAUAACGUUAAGAACGGAAUACACAAAGCGACCAGGAGACAUUUCCGUGUUGAUUUAGUUGUAGGUAGUUGGCUAACAACAACAAACUGGCUGUUAUUUAACGUUAACUAGCUAGCUAAAGUCUCACACUGUGUCUAACGCAGGGAACUCAUUUACUUGGCGGAUAUCUAGGUCAUUUUAUGCUUGAAUGAGCUUAGUUUGAGCGUUCGGUGGGGAAUGUAACACUGCCUGGUUGUUACCCUUGACAACAAGACUAGGUAAGGGUCAUACGUCACUAUAUUGUUGUAGCAGUUCAUUAAGCGUUCAUGGAUACAGUCGAGCACGUGCGGAUCUUCCCCAUGAGCCUGUAGGCUCAGUCUGAGUUUUUAAUGGGAGCCGGGCAGCGUCUUAGCCAGACUUGUGGGCGAUACUCACGCAGACGGAAGAAGAACCGGCGGCCCGAAUGGAGUCGUUGGCAGGCUACGUUUAUAAAGCGGCCAGUGAAGGCAGAGUCCUGACCCUAGCUGCUCUUUUACUCAACCAUUCUCCCUCUGAGACUCGCUACCUGUUGGACUACAUAACACAGCUGGCUGGCCAGCGCUCGACUCCUCUCAUCAUAGCAGCAAGGAACGGCCAUGACAAAGUGGUUCGUCUCCUUCUGGACCACUACCGAGUGGAUACUGAGCAAACCGGGACUGUCAGGUUUGACGGGUACGUGAUCGAUGGAGCCACGGCUCUUUGGUGCGCAGCGGGUGCAGGACACUUUGAAGUUGUACGGCUUCUUGUGUCCCACAAUGCCAACGUGAACCACACCACCCUGACCAAUUCCACCCCUCUUCGGGCAGCCUGCUUCGAUGGCCGGCUGGAUAUCGUGCGCUACCUGGUGGAGCACAACGCCGACAUCAGCAUUGCCAAUAAGUACGACAACACCUGCCUGAUGAUAGCUGCUUAUAAGGGACACACAGACGUGGUGCGCUUUUUGUUAGAGCAAAGUGCCGACCCGAACGCGAAAGCUCACUGUGGUGCCACGGCGCUGCACUUCGCCGCAGAGGCUGGCCAUCUGGAAAUUGUGAAGGAACUAGUGCGAUGUCAGGCAGCAAUGGUGGUGAACGGCCACGGCAUGACGCCGCUCAAAGUGGCGGCAGAAAGCUGCAAGGCAGACGUUGUCGAGUUGCUUCUCUCUCAUGCUGACUGCGACCCUCACAGCCGUAUCGAAGCAUUAGAACUGCUCGGAGCUUCGUUCGCUAAUGACCGUGAGAAUUAUGACAUCCUUAAGACGUACCAUUACUUGUAUCUGGCCAUGCUAGAGCGCUACCGCGACCUUGAGAGGGUCAUCGCCAAAGAUCUCCCGCCACCUGUGGAAGCUUAUGGUGGUCGUAUGGAGUGUAGGACUCCUCAGGAGCUGGAGUCUAUCAGGCAGGACCGUGACGCGCUGCACAUGGAAGGUCUCAUGGUCCGUGAGCGCAUCCUGGGAUCGGAUAACGUAGAUGUUUCACAUCCUAUCAUAUACCGUGGUGCCGUCUAUGCCGACAACAUGGAGUUUGAGCAGUGCAUUAAGCUAUGGCUACAUGCCUUGCACCUACGUCAAAGGAGCAACCGGAACACACACAAGGACCUCUUGCGCUUUGCACAAGUUUUUUCACAGAUGGUGCACCUGAAGGAGCCAGUCCUGGCUGUGGAUGUUGAGCAAGUGUUGUGCUGCAGCGUCUUGGAGAUCCGGCGCAGCAUGGCACGCUUGGAAACGGCCUCAGAGGCUGAGCGUCCGGCGUGCGCCGACAACUAUGAAUCGAACGUUUUUACUUUUCUCUAUUUGGUGUGCAUCUCAACUAAAACGCAGUGCAAUGAUGAGGACCGUGCACGCAUUAACAAGCAGAUAUAUGAUGUAAUCCGACUCGACCCGCGUACCCGAGAAGGCUCAUCGCUGCUCCACCUGGCUGCCAGUUCCAGCACCCCGGUGGACGAUUUCCACACAAAUGAUGUGUGCAGCUUCCCCAAUGCACAUGUCACCAAGAUCCUGCUGGACUGUGGCGCUCAGGUGAACUGCGUCGAUAAUGAAGGAAACAGCCCUCUGCACCUCAUCGUGCAGUACAAUCGGCCCAUCAGUGACUUCCUCACACUGCACGCCAUCAUCAUCAGUCUGGUCGAGGCUGGCGCACAUACUGACAUGACAAACAAGCAGAAGAAGACGCCGUUGGACAAGAGCACCACAGGAGUCUCGGAGAUCCUUCUGAAAACGCAGAUGAAAAUGAGUUUAAAGUGCCUAGCUGCUCGGGCUGUCCGACAGCAUCACAUCCUCUACCGAGACCAGAUUCCUAAAAGUCUAGAGGAGUUCGUUGAGUUUCACUGAUCUUUAUAUUUCUUUCAGAUUCUAAAGAUUUUAAAUGAUCUGGUGGUGCUGGUAAUUCUUGAUCAAGUUUUUAAAAAAAUAUAUUUUCCCCUUUGUUAAAAGUGAUUUAAGGUAUUGAAAUAACUCUUCAGUGCAUUUUUGGGGCCAUAGAUAAUGAACUGAACUUAAAAAUCUACUGAGAGAACACUUUUACAGACUGCACUUUGCUUAGGAUGAUUUAGUUAAGUUUUAUUUUAUUAACAUAUUUUAUUAAAAAUAUUUAAAACAUUGUCAGAAGAUCUAUUUUCUAAGGAAACAUUAGCAGAGAAAUGAUUUACUAAAGUCUAAACCUUCUUUACCAGACUGUAGACAAAUUUCUUAGCAAAUACACUAAGUCAUGCCUGUAACAGGUUCUUUUUUUUUUUUUUACAUUUUUGUUUGUUUGUUGUUUUUUCCAAAAACAUCAUGCCGUUGUAAAGUCAUUUGAUAUCUACAUGACUGUGUGCUGCCAUGUCUUGUGUGGCCUUAUUCUGGAUGGUGCUUGGAUCUUUUUAUUAAAAGCUGAGAAAGCAACAUGUUGCGUGUGGCUCCUUGUGCCAGGAAGAUGCAAAGUCUGUAAACUUGACUUUAAAUGUUGAGAGUCUUUGAAUUAUGUUUUUAAGAACUGGUGAUUGUACUGACGUUGUACUUUUAUUUUUAAUCGAAUUAACCAAUAUUAAGUCAACAUUAAAUACUGUAAUCUCUGCUUCAUACAGUCUAAUUCAAGAUUUUAUUCAUAGGUUAUUUAUUCACGUUCAGUUGCCACACUGUCAGGGACAGUUUUAACUGUAUUGUAUAUUGCAAUAACGUGUGUUUUUGUAUGCUCCAUGCUUUAUAUGGAAAUGUUUGUACAUCCACUGAGUCAAGUGGCUUACAAUCAAUUGCCUGCUAAAAGUGGAGAUGGCACAAUAUGCUGCUUUUUCUUUUUUUAGACACCAGUCACAUACUGCAGUUUGCUGUUUUUCUUCUCCUGCUAU